AUGAUUUUACAUCAAUCAAUCGCAGAAGUCUUAAAAAGUCUUUACAUCAAUCAAUCGCAAAAAGUCUUUUAUAUCUUAAAUUGGUUAAUAUUUUCUAAUUCAGAAAUCAAUACCUUACAUGUUAGAUCAUCUAAAAAGAUACAAAAUGAAGAAGAUAAUGAAUCUUCUAUAUCUUUUGAUAAUUCUUCAGAAUAUAUUGAUAAUGUAGAAGACAUCUCAUAUGAUAAUAUUUUGAAACAUAUUAAUACAGAAAGUAUUGCUUCAACGAAAGACAUUUUGUAUGAUAAUGUUUUGAAAUAUAUUAAUACAGAAAGUAUUACUUCAGCUAUCGAAAAAGAACUGGAGGUAGAGAACUCUAACAGAUUUGAUGAGCAAAUGCAGAACUACCAACUUUCAUAUAAACUGUUACUUAAUACUGAAAAAGAAGAAUUUUUUGAAGAUUAUGAUCUGUUAAAAGAAAAGUCUUCUGAUUUUAAAGGCUUCGAUGGGAAAUAUGGUCCAUAUUUCCUAAUUUUAUAUCAGCAAUGCUUUUUAUCUGAAUUACCAAACAUACGAUAUGUGGGUAUUAUUUUGAAUGAAUGA